AUGAGCGUCCGCAAUUUCACGCGGUGUUCUACGGAAAACAACAUUUGUGUCGAAGAUCAUGGCUAUUGUGUUUUUACAGAAACAAGCAAACCGAGAUGCCUAUGUUUACCUUGCUUUACUGGUACACAUUGUGAGGCAGAAUUAUCGAAAAAUCUAUGGUCUUAUUUUGUACCGGUCGAUGCAGUAACUUCAAAUGCAAGCUCAAUUCAUGCUAUUAUGACUGUUCUAUUUGGUGCAUUUCUGAUAAUCAAUGGAAUACUAUGUCUACAGACGUAUUUGUGCAGAAGAAUACGUAAAACAAACUUGGGAAUUUACUUAAUAAUGCUGUCAAUUGUGUCGAUAUUUAUUGGCCUACUACAUCUCAUAUUUAAUUUAAUAUAUUUACACAGCACAGAAUUAUCACAGUCCUAUCUAUUUGGUGAUCUCAAUUGUCUUAUUUAUUCAAAAUAUGUCUAUAUCCCUCUGGUUGCUAUGUACAAUUGGUUUAUCGCCAGUGUAGCUAUAGAAAGGGUGUUAGUGGAAUGUUGUAGAAAUUAUGGUCUACAUGAUUCCAGACUCCGUUCAGUUAUAUUUUCUGCUGCUAUUAUAAUCAUCUGUCCUUUAACUACACUUCCUGGCAUCUUCACAGUUCGUGAAAAUCAACCGCCGGAGUUGCGAUUUAUUCAAUGCAUAAACUUCACUCCCCUUGGAUAUAUCUUGUAUAUAACUAUCACACGCAUUCAUUUACUUGCAUUCUAUUUCAUCUACAUUGUAAUGAAUACUGUUGUCUUAGAACAUCUUCUUAGGCAUCGUCGGCGUUUUGUAGAUAGUGAUUCAUUACCUGUACAAGUUUAUCUCAUUCUACGCAAACACAAAGACUUCUUUAUACCUUACCUGAUACAAGCUGUCGGUCAGUUUCCUGCUCUGCUAAUGGAUUUUAUAAUGACCUGUUCAACAGCCAAUACAAUACUCGUGGCUCGUUUAACUCUGGUAGUUGCUGCCUUACAAAUUGUUCCAUUUGCAAUAACAUUUUAUCUAUAUAUUUAUUUAUCGCCGGUAUACUGGUCAGAGUUCUGGAAUUCGUCUCCCAUCGGAAAAUGUCUUCUGAAAGUGAAGGAGAAACCACAGAUUGUCUACAGCACUAUCAUUAUUAACAACAAUAAUCCGUCAGAGACUCAUUUGUAA